AUGACGUUGAUGCCUCUCUCUGUCAAUCCUCCUCACCCUUCCUCGCGCCUUCUUCCCCACCGCAUGGAAGUGUCGCAGCAUGACUACGACCCAUCCCUAGGCUUUCGUAUCAAGGGCAAGGCCAAACUACGAGAUGCUCCUCAAGACACCUGCGUCAUCUGUCUGGACACGGUCACCGAACGCGCCGUCGCCGUACCUUGCAACCACCUGAACUUCGACUUUCUGUGUCUAUGCAGCUGGACUCAAGAACAUCCCUCUUGCCCACUAUGCAAGACUCCUCUCACAGCCAUUGAGUACGACUGGCGUUCUCCCGACGACCGUAAAGUCUACAUUAUUCCAAAGAAAGAGGAGCCAAAGACACCCAGUGUCGCAACAGGCACAUCUCGCUUUCGUCCACCGCGCCGUACACUUGCCCAGUCGCACCAUACCACAAAUCGCAACCCCGAUGCUGCUCUCGCUUUUCGCCGCCGCAUCUACGCAGACCAGAACUACAGUCUCCACGUAGGCACGAAUCGCACUUCGCAAUACCGCAACUUCACUCCCGCCACCUUCACCACCUCUGCCGCUCUUCAGUCCCGUGCUCGCCUUUUCAUGCGUCGCGAGUUUCAGGCCUUCGACUUUCUCGCUGAAAACAACGCUAGACUCGGCUUUCUGAUAGAAUACAUUGUGGCUGUACUGAAGACGACCGAGAUCAAAGAUGCUUCUGGCUCCGCGAGUACUUUGGCCGCCGAAUUCCUGGGCACGAAUGCCGCCUCGCUAUUUCUUCACGAACUCGAAGCUUGGCUGAGGAGUCCGUAUGAGAGAUUGGAAGAUUGGGACCGUCAUGUCCAGUAUGCGCCUAAGAGACCUCGAUAUAUGAAUGGAUGA